GAAUGCUUCAUCUUUGACCACGCAUCUACUUCAAAAUUCAUUUUAAACUUUUCUCGUCAUGUCCGAGAAUCGAGGCAUUGAUUAUCAGCCGCUUCAUUCAGAGGUACUGGACUCUCCGGCAUACCGUCUUGGUAACCCACCACACACACCAGGAGCAGACCAGUCACCUUUUGGCGGACAAGGGGGCCCGGACGGAGAGGACGAUGAAGAGCGUGAAGGGACCCAUGCAUCAGAGAUCCAGGAGUUAGUUAGGCCAUCAGAGCGAGAGUUCGACGAACAUCUUCGUCAACAACAAAUUUUUAGGAUAGAUUCACAGGAUCAUGACAGAAGUAAUGAAAAAUCAAACGAAGAGGACACUGAAGAUUGGACCAUUAGGAUACAGGCGUUCUUUUGUGCAGUCGUGCUUGGUGUUUCAACUCACUUUACAUUGCGCAUCACAGGGCCACUGAAAGAUGUGCUCAAGGAGAACAUGAACAUUACCAACACACAAUUCUCACUAUUACAGUCAUCGUUAACAUUGUUCCCCACACUUAUCCCACUUAUUGGAGGCCUGUUAAUCGAGCGCUAUGGGACAGGGCCUAGUUCGAUCGCAUUUACCUCGAUUGUCAUUUUAGGACAGCUUAUUGCGAUUUUGGGUUGCUGGACGCGCUCUAUCAGAACCAUGAUUAUAGGAUAUUGUCUAUUUGGCCUAGGAGCAGCCCCUAUUACUAUCAUCCAAGAAACUAUUUGGGUUAGGUAUUUCCGGAAGCAUAACCUUGCUUUUGUCUUGGCAUUGGGGUUGACUAGUGGAAAAGUGGCAGGAUUCUUAGCGCUUGCAACAUCGGUUCCUCUAAGUACUUUACAGCCUUUUGGAUUCGUCACGCCCUUCGUAGUAGCAUUGAUUAUAUCCGUAAUUGCAUGGGUGAUGAAUAUUGUGUUUUUGUUACUUCUUAAAAAACCGAAGAAGGACGCCGACACUAUGACCAAAAUUACGAUCCUACUGAAAGAGAAACGGACACAUCUUGGCUGGAGAGAAGUAUAUGGGUUCUCCACUUUAUUGUGGUCAUUGCUGACGAUCAGUUUCCUGGUCGGGGCAAGCUGGAACCCGUUCAUGCAUCAAGCAAGUAACAUCGUAAAGCAUCGCUACGACCUUGACGACAAACAAGCAGCCUGGGAAGCCUCAAUUAUCUUGGCAGUUCCUCCGAUUAUUUAUCCUUUCCUUGGAACAUUCAUUGAUAAUGUUGGAAAGCGUGCAUGGUUACUUUUAGUGACAGCGGGCCUAAUCAUUAGCACACACCUUAUUCUUCUCGUACCCUUCACGACUUACGCCAUUCCCCCAACCAUACCCAUGUUCCUAUUCGCGCUUUCUCUGUCACUGGGGACUCUCUCUAUUGUCACUAGUAUGCCUGUGCUUACAAAACAUGUUCCUACAGGCCUGGGACUACAUCGUUCUAUUGAUAGCAUUGGUGCCACUCUGUUCGGAACCAUUGUAGGGAUGAUGCAAGAUUUUACGGCUGUCGAAGAAGAUGGCAUGGGAAUAUCCGAAAGCUUUUUCGAUCGCCUUUAUCAUCACUUUUUCCCGCCUCAAGAAGACAAACUACAGCAGGAGCGCGAAGACAUCCAACUAUUAGGCCUAUUUCUAUUUGUAGGAAUUGUAUUAUUCCUUGCAUGCUCAGUGUUUGUGUGGGGCGAUUACCAUUGGACUGAUGGAGAAGGCGGCAAGACAGGCCUUGUCAAUGGCGUAUAUAACAAGGAUGGGUCUUCAAGUCGAGUCCCGUCGAAACGUUCAAGAAGGAACCGAAGGCGACGGCGAAGGAGCCACGAAGUCCUGGAAGCUAUGACUAUGGAGCCCAUCUUUGAGUUAGAGGACGAGCCGGAUGCGGAAGAGAUGUCAAUGACUGAAAUUGGAACAAAGGACCCUGGAUCCCCUCGACCCGCUGCUCAGCAAAGGAUGGGAGCAAGUGUAGUUAAUAAUUUAUCACAAUCACCAUCAUCAAGCCAAUAUCCUGCAGCUCGAAAUCGCGACCAAGAUGGCGAUAGAGAUAUAAUAUAUGGCCAUGACCGGGUACGACAUGAAAGCGAUCGUCUGCGCGAGGAUUAUUCGUCUUCCUCAGACGAAUCGGACGAAGAGAGUGGGGAGCAUCGAUUCGGUGUACACAUUGAAAGUGGCGAGGACGAUGUGCCACAGUAUAAAAAAAGACAAGCGCAUUUUUGGAUAAUGGUGUGGUCUGUGCUACUUGUGACAAGUUGGGCCGUGUUUGGAAUUGGUGUAUCACAAUAGAGGGCUA